AUGGCCAGUAAGAAGAAGAUAGUAGUGACAGGAUUUGAGCCAUUCGCUGAGCAUGCAGUGAACUCCAGCUGGGUGGCAGUGCAGGAACUGGAGCGAUUAGGACUGGGUGAGGCCGUAGAUCUGUAUGUGUGUGAAGUGCCUGUUGAAUACCAGGCUGUUCAGAGUCUACUGCCAUCUCUGUGGAAAGAGCAUCAACCACAGUUAGUGGUGCACGUUGGUGUUUCUGGAUUAGCCACCACAGUGACUCUGGAGCAGUGUGGUCAUAAUAAGGGCUACAAGCGUCUGGACAACUGCAGCUUUUGCCCAGCCUCCCAGUGCUGCAUGGAGACUGGACCAGAUUGCAUCAAAUCAAUCCUAGACAUGGAUACAAUCUGCAAAAGGGUCAAUGACUCUCACACUGGCAUCACUGUGUCCGUAUCGAAGGAUGCUGGAAGGUACCUGUGUGACUACACGUACUACACAUCUCUGUACCUGGGGAAGGGCCGCGCUGCCUUUGUCCACGUGCCUCCACUAGAAAAACCCUACAGCGGCCAGGAUCUGGGUAGAGGCCUCAAGGCUGUCAUACAGGAAAUGCUGAACCUGCUGGAGCGGAGUUGCAGUGAGGAGGAGCAAAGAGAGACCGAGCACAGACAUGAUAAGCCUUAACAAAAGCUUGACCACUUUUGACUGACUUGCAAUCUGAGGGCACGCCUAACUGACCAUGAGGAGCCACUGGCUUGUAGUAAUUGUUUCAUCUGAGGGAAGUUGUGUGGCUCAGAAACCUGUGACUUCCAGCGGCAGCUGUGGACCAUUAGCUCCAGAAAAUAAUGGCAUGAUAUUCACAUUUGUCACAUUUGUGCCUCACCUGGGUGCGGUAUCUUAGAAAUAUUGUUGCCCUAACACUCCCAAUUUGGUUGGUGUCUGGAACAUGUGUCAUUCCCUCGUGUUAAUUGCACUUGACCCACAGAAAUGUGAUGAUUUUCAAAAUGGGAACGUGAAAACAAAAUUUAAAGAUGUUCAUCUCAGGGAAUUUAUUGCAAAUGCAAUCAGUAAUGAGUAAUCCGAUGAAUUGUCUGUCCUAUGUAUGUGUGUAUAUGUGUCUGUGCUGUAGGCUUGCAAUAGAA